UGUCACAAGGGCAUGGAGGGGUUGAUUUCGUGAUGGUCAUGGCUUCUUUGAGGAAGACGUUGUUACAGAAAAUCCGUGAUCCCAGAGCGGCUAUUGCUGGUAAGACAGCUCCCUCGCAGCAGCAGCAUACCCAUCCACUCUUAGCACUCUUGGCAACUGCGGCAUUGUCUCUAGCUCAGGCUCUGCUGCUUCUUCCCUGUUACCUGCACAUGAGAUUAGUCGGACCAGCAGAGGGUAGCCAGAAAGGUGCGGCAAAGAUGAGCAGCUGGAAGAAGUUGCUUGUCCAGUUCGGGGUAUGUUUCACUAUAGGCUUAUGUUUGGGGUGGUUUACUCCUCACAAGUGGAUGCAACAUUCUUUGGCUGUUGAUGGAAGACCCUUUUUUGGUGAUGCCAAGACCACAGAUGUAGAUCUAUCUGGAAGAUUUGUGGCUACGAAUGCAUUGAUGGAUGCGAAGACAGCGACGAAGGGGAGAGACAUGAUCAGCUUCGAUGCGGCUAAGAACAAUUUUUCAGGUGUGGGAGUUAAUUUUGAGAUGCCUCUGGAGUACAGAAAGUUGCUAAUUAUUGUAACUCCAACAUACGUCCGGCCGUUCGGAGCGUACUACUUGACACGGCUAGCACACACCUUAAAGCUUGUCCCACCGCCUUUAUUGUGGCUGGUGGUCGAAAUGCACUAUCAGUCGCUAGAGACAGCUCAGCUGUUACGCGAGACUGGGAUCAUGUACCGCCACCUUGUGUGUGACAAAAACCUUACGAAUGUGAAGGAUCGUGCGGCGUCCCAGCGCAACACUGCCUUGGCCCACAUUGAACACCACGAGCUUGACGGCAUCGUCUACUUUGCCGACGAUGGCAACAUGUAUACUUUGGAGCUUUUUGAGCAGAUGAGGAACAUCACGCGCUUUGGCACUUGGUUGGUGGGAAUACUGGCGCCGGGCAAGUCCCGGGUCGUCUUUGAGGGUCCCGUUUGUGAAGGUGAGAAGGUUAUAGGAUGGCAUACAAGUGACAGGAGCAAGAGGCUGAGACGGUUUCAUGUGGACAUGUCUGGAUUUGCUUUCAACUCAACUAUGUUAUGGGAUCCACGUCGGUGGAAGCGUCCCACGUUGGAGCCCAUCCGGCAGCUGGACAGUAUCAAGGAAAGCUCUCAGCAAACCUCGUUUAUUGAGCAGCUCGUCCCAGAUGAAAGCUACAUGGAAGGACGACCACCUGGGUGCCUCAAAAUUAUGGUGUGGCACCUUCAACUGGAGGCACCCAAAGGAUUCCCGUAUCCUGCUCGUUGGACUCUGACGACACCUUUGGAAGCAAACAUACCUCUCCGCAAAGCCAACUUAGUACAGCUAUAACCAUCAUACUCAGCUAUAAAUAUAGCUCCAAGGAAUUGCAAGGGACGAAGUAAGAGUUGCUACCCUCUGUUCAUUGUGAGCUGAAGAACGCUGACUUGGAGUGCAGGUAUGUCUCCAAAAACAUUCUGUUGAAUAGGAUUAGGAUCCGAAACUUAGAAGCAAAGUAAACAGUCAUUUGCCCACAUGGGAUACAGCUACACUUCUGGUCACUCAAAUUGCUCGGCGAGGGCCUCCUAGUCAUGUGGUAGGGCCAUGGGAAUACAUCCCUCCACAGUGAUUGUAUAAACACCUUGAUUUAUUAGCCGCAUUGGCAGGCUUGUACCUCCUC